UUUAUCAUGAGCUAUACAGACAUCUCAACAGUGAAUAAACUCUAGUCCAUCACAGAGUGUAUGGCAAGUGCAAGUGUACUUAAAACACAUUUGCGUAACUUUUUAUCAUCUUUUUUUUUUUUUUUUUUUAAAUAUUAUUAUCAAAAUGGAACCACCGGAUUUUGUUAAAAAACAAAUUCAACUUUUUUUAAGUGAUAACAAUUAUUCUAAUUCAAUAUUAAAAUUUUCAAAUGCCAGCAAGGAUGGAGAUAAUUUUUUGGGUUCAUUAUAUCGUGUAAAUAUUAAUGCCAAGAAAAAUAACGAAAAUAAAGAAUUAAAUUUAGUUGUAAAAUGUUUUCCAAUUGAUGAAAAAAUGAGAGUUUUUUCUAAAAUUGACGAUAUGUUUCUUAAUGAAAUUGCAUUUUACGAAGAGAGACUACCACUUUUUGUUAAUUUACUAAAAGAUUUUAAUAUGACAUUUAAUGACGUUCCUUUUUAUUAUAAAGGUUGUAAAACACCAAAAAACGAGAUUUUAAUUUUGGAAGACUUGAGGACUGAGGGAUUUGUAUUAAAAGAAACAAAAUUAUUGGAUUAUCCUCAUGCUGUUCUUGUAGCUCAACAUCUUGGUAGAUUUCAUGCAUACAGUUUUGCUCUUCGCGAUAAAAAACCUAAAGAAUUUGAAAAUUUUCGAAAAAUAAAAGAACCAUUAUUUUUUAAGACCAACUGUUAUGAAAAACAAAUUGAUGCACUCAUGGAAGUUGCACUUAAGGCUUUAGAAAAUGAAGAUAAACAUUAUAUUGAAAAAAUUCAACAACUUAGGAAAAAUGCACAAAAAAUGAUUGAUUAUUCAUGUGAUAGUAAAAAUUCAGAACCAUAUUCCACUCUUAAUCAUGGUGAUUUAUGGACGCUUAAUAUUUUAUUCAAAUAUAAUGAAAAAUUAGAGCCGGAAGAUAUUCGUUUUCUUGAUUUUCAACUGCAAAGAUUUGCUUCGCCAGCAAUUGAUAUUCUUUAUACAUUUUUUACCUGCCUCAAUCAGGAGGUAAAAGAAAAAUAUUUUGAUGAAUUAUUAUAUCAUUAUCAUAAUUCAUUAUCUCAAUUAUUAAAGACAUUGAGUUGUGAUGUUGAGAAAAUUUAUCCAUUUGAAGCACUUUUGGAACAUCUUCAACGUUUUGGAAGUUUUGGCGCUUGUAUGUGUCUCAUUGAUCUUCAUUUAAUAACUGCCCAAAUGGGAGAUAAUCCACAGCCACUUUAUAAUCUUGAUUAUUUAAAAACUCUUCCUGAACUUUUGAAAACUAAUAAACUCUAUUACACUACAAUGAGAGAUUCGUUGAAAUUGAUGGUAGACAGAAAUUAUUUAUAAUUUUCUGUUUUUUGUAUUUAUAUCAUAAAAUUUUUUUAGUUAUUAUUAUUAUUAUUAUUAGAUACAUAUAAUGUAAUUAUUCAAUAUUUUGUUAUUUCGAGAAAUUUGAACAAAUAACGUUUCUAAUAAAAGUUAAUUUUAAGGGA